AUGGGUUCCGUAGAGGAGAUCGACUCCUUGGCGGAGUCCAUGUACGCCAGCCCAGACCCGGAGGCUCGCCGGCUCGCGCAGGGGCGUCUCACUGCUCUCACGCAGGAGAACGCAGAUGUAGCCCCGCUCGAGGCAAUCUUUGCGCGGUCAAACAACCAGUAUGCACUGAUGUUCGUGUCGCAGGGCGUGGUGACGUGGUUCAGAGCGAACCGAAAGUGGCUCUCCAACGAGCAGCGCUUCGAGGUGGUGGUAAACAUGUGUGGCACAUGCGUGCAGCGGGUCAGUCUUGCCGGCGCCCCGCGGCACGUGACGCUGGGUCUCAUGAAUGCGUACGCAAAGUUGACGAAGCUGUGCUUUGAGAAGGGCACGCUUCUGGUGGAGGCGGUUGCCUUUGCGCUGCAGAUGCUUCACGACGCGUCGCCCUCGUACGCGAAGAGCGUUUCACAGAACGGCGGGUGCGGCACGGCCGCCGGCUCGCACGGAGGCAACGACGACAAAGCAAACCUUAUCGGCUCCUCGAACGACGGCGCGCCGUCCUCGUCAGCAAUGGGCGGCGGCGCCAGUAGCAUCUCUGCCAGCAGUGGUGGCGGUGGCGCGAGCAGCAACGACGGCGGCCCGCUUGGCUACGGCAUCAUCCGUCACUCCCGCUUUGCCCCGACCGGGUACCGCACCGAAGAGGAGCGCCGCACUGCCUACUAUGUUUCCCUGCUGCUGCUCAGCACCCUCGUUAAUGAGUUUAGCAAGUACGACUCGGCCAAAUCGCAGACGUACAUGAACUUCUCCUCUCACCGCCGCUGCAGCAACAACUUCCGCGACGAGUGCAUGCUCGACAUCUUCGUCGCCAGCGUGGCCGAGUUGGAGGGUGUCAACAGCGCAUCUCCCAUGCUGCUGGAGGUGACGGAGUUUGUGCGGGACUGCCUCACAUAUGACUUCAUGGCCAUCAUGGUUGAUGAGACCGAGGAGGCGCUGUCGGCCCAGUUCCCGAGCUCGUGGAAGGGGGUGCUUCUUGCGCCUCACACGUGGGACGUGUUGUGGGGCCAGCACGCCACACUGCCGUACCCCCACUGCGCCACGCUGCUCACGGGCCUGACGAGCAUGUGCGGCGUCCGUCGCACUUUCUUCGAGUCAACCGAGGAGCGCGUCCAGUACCUGAACGGUGCCCUGACCCACCUCGUCCACACAAUGCAGCUCACCGACGGACGGCUGAAGGUACCGCACUACGUGACGGUGCUGGCGGAGGCGUGCUACCGCUUUGUUUCCCCGUUCGGCUAUCGCGAUCUCCACCUCAGCUCCGUCUUUCAGACGUGGGUGUCGGCAGUCCGUGCCGUGUCCCUGGACGUCUUCCGCAUCCCAUUCGGCCAGUCCGGCUCCUUCACCACGGCGACAACCCUGCUCAACUUCUGGAGCCGGCUGGCGACCUCGCGGCGCAUGUACAGCAUGUCGGAGGACUCUGCAAAGGACCUGGAGCUCAUCUCGCCUGAGCUGGUCAUGUGCUUCUUUGAAGCCCGCGUGCAGGUUUCAGGCGGCAGUGUCCAGCAGGGGCCAUCGCGCCGCGACACGAACAACGCUAACGGCGACCUUGAGGGGAUGGAGUACAACAUGGAGUUUGACGAGGACUUUGAGGCCACGAUGGAGUCGAUUCUCGCGCAGUCGGACGCCGCGGCAACGCUGGCUCUGCUGGAGCACACGGAGGCGAUGAGGCUGCUGGCGAACUACGUUCACAACGGACUAGGCUCGAACGUUCUGACCAGCCCCAGCGCCACCACCUGGCUGUUCUACCUCGCCGGCGGGCUCGUGCGGCAUGUGCUGAGUGCCGUCGAGGAGUCGGCGGUGGAGGCCUGCUCGGGCUUCUUCAUGUUCUGUGUCGAUUGCGCGAAUCAUCGCCGCAGCGGCGCCGCUGCUCCACCGAGGUCGUCUCUCUACAGCUCUUACGUGGAGCGUGCACUCCUGCACUUCUUGACGAUGGUGCAAAGUGUGCUCAGCUCCUCGCGCCUGCAUGAGGCACUCAACUCCGUCGUCACGAACGUCUUCCAGUCUCGGGUGGCGCUCUUCCAGUUCAUACUCAGCAACACAGGGCACAACAUCAUGCGCGGUGUCACAGGCAACCGCACCACCGACGAGGAAACGGCACACAUUAUCCGCGAGUCCAUCGAGCUCAUCCGCAACGCAUGCAUGGAUGUCCCGCACUCCAUGUUAGCCGAGCUGCACCUUGAACUGCCUUCGGUGGUGGAGCUGCCCCUGGCGCAGUCGGUCCAGACCUACAAGCUGCGCACCAACCUUUCCGCGGUGCUGUGGCGGCUGCUCAGCGUGACGCCGUAUUCGCAGGCUAACCUGAAAGUGUUCCUUCAGCCCAUCGAGCUAUGCAUGCAGAACACGCUCGGCGGCGGCGGCGGCAACGACGCGCUCUUCACGGCGGGCUGGAUGCGCGACCUGCGCGGCGUCGUGCUAGCGCUACGGGACAGCGCGGAUGGGCUGAGCGACUUUGUCGAGUGGGUGUGCGACCACGCCAGCUCCUUCCACGAGGUGCUGCACAGGUCCGCGGGGCAACACAGCAUGGUCAUUGUCUCCUUGCUGCGCUUCCUUGAAGAGCUCGUCUCGCAGAUGGGAGGUCGGUGCACGCUGGCGUGUUGCACCGCGCACAGCUCCAGCGGUCUUAUGCUCUUCAAGCACAUGUGCUCCCUCAUCCAGAGCAUCAUUGAGCAGUGCAUCACAGACGAGCACAUCCAGCGCGUGAGCAGCGCCGGUGGAGGUGGUAUGGUGGAUGGCGCGUACGACAUGAUGCUGAAGCCGUUGGCGCUGUCCCUGAGUGUGUUGAGGAAGUCGAUCCAGGGUGGCUUUGUGCCGCUCGGGGCCAUGGCGUUCUACCACGACGAGACCUACGACAACGUCCUCCUCGGCCUGCUGCGCAUGGUUGGUGUGUUUCCGUUUGUGUACUUUAGGGAGUACCCGAAGGUGCCCUACGCGGUUGUGAACAUGCUGCGCACUGUGACCGAGGAGUUUGCCUAUCGCCCCCUCAUGAGCCUCGACGCCAGCGAGCUGGAGAAGCUCAUCUCCUUCGUUGUGUACCUCUGCGAGGACGUCGACACGCAGACCGGCACGCUGCUGCAUGGGCUGUCCUUUCUCAGCUUCAUUGCUGGCCUUAUUAGAGAGGUCAAGGCGCUCUCCACGCAGACGGUGUCGCCAGCGCUAGAGGCGCGUCCGCACGGCACCCCUCCGCCGUCUCCGAUGCAGCUGCCCUCCUUCUACGCGAGCCCGUCUGGCCGUCUUUCGGGGACCCCGGGCAGCCUUGGUGGUCGCAGCGGCGGUGGUGCAGGCGGCCGCUCCGGCGCUGGCGCCUCGGCGCCGCGGGCGACACGGAUGGCCAGGGAGGCGCUGGCUCGCACGCUGGAGCCGUUCAACUCGCUCUGGGAGCGACUCAUCUCGGUUGCCAUGAACGUCAUUGUAUGCCAGGACCGUGCCCUGAGCGUCAGCUGCGCCGUGGUGUACCCCAUCUUCGAGGUGCAUCCACCGUUCUGGUACUCUUUCGUGGAGAACUUUGUGCGCACCUACCCAGAACGGAAGCAGCCAAUGGUGCGUGAGGCGCUCUCCACCCUAUCUCACGCCGCUGAGUCGCAGGACAAGUUUUUUUCCGAGGUGUUCACCUUCCGUCAGACAAUGCGCAAUCUGUGA